CAGCAACUUUCGAUAUAUUUGGUUUGUUGUGAAAUUGCGCCGCAUAGCGAAAACAAAAUAAUUUGUACAUUUUUAUAUAUUAAGAAAAUGGCUUCCAAUAAGGAGUGUUUGAUUAUUGUGCUGGAUGUGCGAAGCUGCACCACUGAUGAAUUUAAAUUGAAGUCUCAGAAAGUCGUUGCUGAAAUACUUAAAGACAAGAUUGUGUGCAACAAGAAAGACUACGUAUCAUUUGUGCUUGUGGGCUGUGAAAAAACUGCCAAUGAUGAGAAGCGCCCAAAUGUGGUGCAAUAUACGACAGCGCAGCUCUGUAACUGGAAUUUGUUGCUCAGCUUCUAUGAGUUUGUCAGUGCGACGGCCUCUGAUGAGGGACAGUGGCUGGAUGGACUUGCUAUAGCUAUCUCAAUGAUAGAGGAUGCAGCGGUGUUUAAGAUUGCGAGACGGCGUAUUUUGCUAUUGUUUGACUUCAAUUUCAUGACACAGCAGUACGAUGAUUAUGAGGAACUCACCAAUAAGUUACUCCAAGCAGACAUUGAAUUAAUCGUGGGUUCGGAUAAUGUUGCCUACAUUGACAAUGCUGAGACCAAUCUACCCCAGGCCAUAUUCCAAUCAUCGCGAAAGGCCAACAGCUUUGAGCUGGAGAACCAGAAACACGCUCUUCAACUUGUUAGCAACUGCAAUGCGAUGUUGUGCAACUUUAAGGAAGCAUUGGCAACAGUUUUUAAGGUGACGAAUAGACACCCUUGGGUUUGGAAUGCCAAGCUGCACAUUGGCACUGCUAUUUCAAUUAAUCUCCAAGGUAUCAUAGCCAUGAAGAAUGAAAGCCACGUCAGUCUCAAGAAGGUCUGGGCUGAAUCUGAAGAGACAGUCAAACGCGAGGAGCGUUUCUUUAUUAAGGGCACAGAGGUGACGCCGCUGCCCGAGGAUCUUGUUGCUGGUUAUAUGCUCGGUGGAACAGCAGUGCCCUAUGAUCAGACACUUGUCGAGUUGCCGCCUCCGCAUCCACCAGGUCUACAUUUUCUAGGCUUUGUCAAACGUAGCAAAAUACCAGAUGCAUACUUUUGUGGCGACUCUCUGUAUAUGUUGGUGCAUCAGAAAAAGAACACGACUUCAGCCCAGAAGUUAGAUGCCUUGGUGCGGGCCUUAAUAGUGCAGAAAUGUGUUAUACUGUGCUGGAAGAUAUUUAGUGCCAAGUUUAACACACCACGGAUAGUAGUAUUAGUGCCGCAGGAGUCAACAGAAAAUCGUCCAGCUUCGUUAUACAUGUUUGAAAUGUCCUAUCAUGCGCAGCAUCAGUUCUGGGAUUUCCCUGCACUUCGCACUGAGAAAACUGAAUGCAGUUCAGAUCAAAUGCAGGCAGUCGAUAAGCUUAUCGACAGCAUGGACCUGGAGUGCACGCUCAAGGACACACAGCAGCCACGGCAGCAGAGGCAGAACGAUUUGCUGCCUUUCGAUGGUCUGCCCAGCAUUUACGAGCAAAAUUUAAUGGACGUGCUGGAGCGAAAGGUUGUCUGUAAAUCGGCAACUGACGUUGAUUUCUAUAGCACAUUUAAGGACCAUAAGUUUGUCGAAAUCUUUUGGAGUGUCCCCGAAGCCAUUGAGGAACAGUCGAAAAAGGCGGCAUCGGCACUUAAAAAGCUAUUUCCACUGGAGCGUAGUCAUGCGUGGCAGGAGAAACUCAGGGCCAUGGAGCUUGCACAGAACACGCCGCCGCCCAUCGAAGAGGAGCUUGCGGAUUUUGAAGAAUUCGCUGAAAUCGAUAGUGUGGGCCUAAUGACACCAGUCCAAGAUUACAAUCAGAUGUUGAGGAAAGUGCGCUCAAUAACAAAUCCUACCAAACGAGAUGCCCAAUUCCAGUCACUCUCAGCUCAAAUGCGCGUUGUCAUCAUUACACUUCUGGAGCGCAAUAAACUAAAUCUGGUUGAGCUAAGCGAAGUGCUGGCAGUCUAUCGUAAAAGUUGCCUCGAUUUCAACAGCUUUGCGGAAUUCAAUCAAUUUGCAGCGCAGAUAAAAGAAAAGGCCACAGAAAAGAAAUUGACCGAAUUUUGGGAAAGUAUUAUGGUGGAAAAACAACUGGGUCCUCUUGUUCUAGGCGAGCCAACACUCGAAGAUGAGCUGCGUCUGAAAGCGUACUACAGUCUGCCUUCAGAUGAAAAUCAUGAUGAUGAAAUGCAGGAUAAUUAAAAAUAUCGUUUGCUAUAACUUAGUUUUUACACAUGUUGUACAUUAAGUUUAUUCGCAUUUGUUUAGCAGAAAGUGAUAAAAUCUGUAAUUUCUCAAUUUAAAUAUGUAUACUAUCCGAAUUCAGUAAUUAAAUUAAACAUUUUAAUGUUA